UGACCGAACUGGGAUCUCAGCUGUUAUCAUGAGCGAGCAUGCUGGGAAGGGGAAACCCGGAAGUCCUGCCGUUCCUAUGACGUCACCUAGUUUCGCUUCCACAACAUGCCCAGGCUUGCCCGGCUCGUUAGCGUUACCUUUAAUAGCUUCGUUCUCGUAUUAUCAAAGCCUUUGGUUCCCGCCAAAUUAUGGAGCCGAUCCGAUCGUUCGUGUUCCUUGACCUUGAGGCGACGUCUUGUGAGGCGUCUUCCCGGCCCAAGGUGACGGAGCUGUGUUUGGCGACCCUGCACCGCUCCGCCGUGCUGAGCUCGGGCCGCCGGCUGCCCCGCGUCAUGGACAAGCUGCUGCUGGCCGUUUACCCCAACAAACCCAUCCCCGGCCUCGUCUGCGACCUCACCGGGCUCAACAACGAGAACCUGGCGGAGAGCGAGCGGGCCGUGCUGGACGCGAGCCUGGUCUCGGCGGUGUGCGGCUUCCUGCACCGCCAGCCGCCGCCCGUGGCCCUGGUGGCGCACAACGGGCUCAAGUUCGACUUCCCGCUGCUGAAGACAGAGCUGCUGAAACUCAACACCAGACUUCCGGAUGGACUCCGGUACUGUGACUCCCUCAUGGCCUUCAGGGAGACCCAGGGUCCGGACAGGGAUAGUGAUGAAGCGGUGCCUUCCCCCCGCCCCUCCCUCAGCCUGGAGAGCCUGUACCAGCGGUACGUGAGCCAGGAUCCGAGGUGUGCCCACACUGCCGAGGACGACGUACUGGCCCUCAUACAGGUGGUGCGGGCGCGGGCAGACACGCUGCUGCCCUGGAUGGACAGGAACUCCCAGUCGUGGGACGGGAUACCGCAAAUGUACGCGACAAGCCCUGUAAAGCCGGCAGACAGAACUAGUAACAGGGAAAGGACGAGAGGUCCCGCUAAACUGUGCCUCACGUUUGAGAACUAAACAUCAGACAUGAUUUUUAAUAGUUGGGUCUAGUUGUUAGUACUACAUGCUAGGGUAGCUGGAAACUAUUCUCAACUUGCCAUGCUUUGGUCACAUUUGGAAAAGGGGGCCCAGCAACUCAUUGUAAGGCCUGACACUGGACUUGACAAGCCACAGCACUGGCAAUUUUAAACUCAACUUGUUGCUGACUGUAUAUUUUUUUACACAUCAAUAGUUGAAAGAACAUGGUACCCUCUACACUAGGGUACCUUAAAGUAUAAAUGUCUACAUUAGCUAAUGUUAUUUGACAAAUUUGCCUCAAUUUCCAAUUCCAAAAUUGCCAAUGUAUCAUCAAUGCAUGUAUAUAUUCUUAAAUCUAAAUCGGCUACAAAAAGUAUUUUUUGAACUGUGUACCUAAAUAUCUGUCAUGGCAACACAUCUAAAGGGAUGAAAAUAUAUUUCCUAGCAUAGUUAAGUCUCUUAGAAAUGCUGCAACCAGAAGUAACUAUAAGGGACAUACAAGUGGCGAAUGACUGGUUUCUUAUAAUCUAAAAAUAAACUAGCACCAACAUAAUGCAAUAAGGAAAAAUACUUGAAUGAACUUUGAGAUUUCUUCACUAUUGUAAAGUAAUCAGUGAAAAGAUGUAUACUCGAAAUCAAUACUAGAAUUCACUCACAUGUAAGUACAGCAGUGUGAAUGUUAUUUACAUGAUUCCAAAAUACUAAAGUAAAAUUUCCAUGUGACAA